AUGGGCUUUCAGGCCUCCCCCUCCACCCCGGCGGGUAUUUAAGAGGCCGAGGCCGGCCGGGCGGGCCGACGCCAUGCUCUUCACCGAGACUGCCCACUUCGUGGUGAAUUUUCUUCUGUCCCGGCGGCCCCGGGCCCCGCCCCCACACCGCCUGGACCAGGAGCUGUGUUUCUGGGGCUGCCGCGGCCCGGCCCUGCCGGCGCCCGCCUCCCGCCGCAGCCUGGGCGACUACUGGCUGAGCCCGCAGCGCCGCCGCCCGCCGGGCGCCGCCUGGCGCUGGCCGACGCGCAACCUGCUGCUGCUGCCGGGGGCCACCGGGCUGGCAGACGUGCCCUCGGCGCGCUGGCCCAGCUGCUACGGCGCGCGCCCGCGCCUCACGUGGAAGCACCGAUGGCAGAAUAUUAACUACCAAUUCCUGGGCAAGAGGAAGAGGCAUCUAGCUCCCCUGCGCCCGUGAGAGCCGGGAUUUCAGGAGCUGGGCUUCAGGUUCAUCACAUGACGUCCCGAGGCUGACUCGUGCCAAGACAGGACGAGCAGGAAAAUGUCCUGGGAGCCCUGCAAAAUCCUGUAUCCCUCUCUGUGGGUGAAGAUUCUCUACCUUUGCUCUCCUCCCUGGGAUCUCCAUGUUUCUGCCCCUUUACUGCCCAAAUAAAGCAGUUUUCACCUC